AUGGAGGCCCUGUGGUCCGCCAAGACGGCCCUCAACCCACUCCUCUUCAACGGCCUCAAGGUCCACACUCUGAGGACGACCGCUGAUGAUGCUCGUCCUCGCCUGCGCUUCGACAUUGGGCUUACCGACUACAAGCGCUACUUGGCCACCAACGCGGCCGGCACGGCGCGCAUCGCCGAACUGACUGCCGCGGCCGUUGAGGCCGGACACGAGCCCCACGCCUUCCUCGCCAAUCCCAUCGGCGUCGACGUAAUCUGUCGUACUUCCGACGGCUUCCUCAUCUUUCUCAAGCGCUCGGCCCAGGUCUUUGAGGCGACUGGCAUGUGGGCAUCGGUGGGCGGCCACCCAGAGCCCCACAUGCUGCUCCACGCCGUACGGGGCUCGGCCGGCGCUGCUGCCAUCAACGAGCACCCGACCGCCCGCGAAGUGUUCGACGCUGUCGAUGGCGGCGACCGCGGCGGGGCGCUGGUGGUGCGGGAGCUGUUCGACGCGGCGCUGCGCGAGGUGGAGGAGGAGCUGGGCCUCGGGGCCGACGUCAUGCUGACGUCAGCGACGCGGCUGCUGGGCACCUUCGGCGCGGCGUGGGUCGAGGGCAAGGUCGACGUCGUGUUCGCGGCCGAGACGCGGCUCACGAUGGCCCAGGUGCGCGCCUGGCUCGACCAAGUCGACGCCGACAAGGCCGCCGCACACGCGCACACCACCGCACACGCUGAGUCGGUGAAGCGCAACAUAUCGCCCUACACCCGCGCCGCGCUCGAUGUCUACUUGCGUGCAUCUAAAACCGAAGCCUAG